AUGGUUGACCGCUCUCGACGUACCCCAGGUCUUUCCUCCCUAACUACCUCCCGCAUCUCCUCCUCUCAAUAUGCCUCCCACGGCGCGUCUCUCCGUAACCAGAAUACUCAAUCGCUGAGUACCCAACUCUCCGUCUUUCAAUCCCUACUCCACAACUUCGCCGUAACCCAUGCCAAAGACAUCCGUGCGAAUCCCGCCUUCCGCGCCGAAUUCGCCCGCAUGUGCAGUGCAAUUGGCGUCGACUUCCUCGCGUCUAGUCACCACAGAGAGAAGGGGAAGGACGGAGAUGCAGGCAGCAUAUGGGCGCAAAUGCUCGGCGGUAGCGUCAACGACUUCUACUUCAACCUCGGUGUCCUCAUCGUCGAAGAAUGUCGCUCUACGCGCGCCGAAAAUGGCGGCCUCAUAUCCGUCUCCGAGGUCAAGAAGCGCAUUCAGCGGGGUCGUGGCAUCGGUGGUGGUAUGGAGGUCUCCGACGACGAUAUCACACGGGCUGUGGAAUCUCUGUCUCCCUUGGGCUCGUGCUUCUCUAUAAUGAAGCUCGGUCACAGGAGUUUGAUACGCAGCGUGCCAAAGGAUCUGAACACAGAUCAGAGCACAGUCCUUGAAGCCAUUCAAGUGCUGGGUUAUGUCACCGUCUCCAUGCUUCAACUCAACCUUUCUUGGGAGAGGCCAAGAGCAGUUGCAGUGAUCGAGGACUUGAUGACGGACUCAUUGGUUUGGGUUGAUACUCAGGCUGGCGAGAACGAGUACUGGAGUCCUGCCUUUAUCGGAGCGGCUGGUGUGGGGAAUGGAUGA